UUAUCUCUCUUCUUCAUGAUCAUCUUUUUUUUCUAUCUUCAUGUCAUUACAUCAUGCAUUCUUGACCCUCUUUUGCUCCUUAUUUUCUCCUUUCUUCUAAUACAUUUCAUUUGUAUUAUUCAUCAUAUUAAACAUCAUAUAUACAAUAUACCUUAGCUAGCUAGCUUGGUUUACGUACGUAAUCUUUUGUUUCUUUCAUUAUCUAUUGUGUUUUGCUUUGUUUCAAAUCAAAUCGUCUGUUGUCGUUGUCGCUGUUGUUGUCUUCGUGGUUGUCGAUCCAUCAUGUCACUGUUCCGGCGAUCAUUCUCUAGGAGGCUUCCUGAUCGUCUUCUUGAAAUAUCUGAACGUAUAUAUGUGUUCGAAAGCUGCUUCUCAACUUCCGUUAAGAGUGAAAAAGAAAGCAAGUCAUACCUAGGUGGUAUUGUAAAAAGUUUGCAUAACUGCCAUCCUGGUGCUUCUGUCAUGGUGUUUAACUUCCGAGAAGGGGAGCAAAUGAGCUUACUGUCAGACAUACUGAUUGAUUAUGACAUGACAGUGGUGGAUUACCCUUGCCACUAUGAGGGAUAUCCUCUACUUCCGUUGGAGAUGAUUCACUACUUCUUAAGAUCUAGUGAGAGCUGGUUAUCUUUAGAGGGUCAGAAGAACGUGAUCCUGAUGCACUGUGAGAGCGGUGGUUGGCCUGUGCUUGCGUUCAUGCUAGCAGGUCUCCUGCUUUACAGGAAGCAAUACAGUGGGGAGCAAAAGACUCUUGAAAUGGUAUAUAAACAAGCUCCUAAGGAGCUCUCUUCUGUUAUAUCCCCAAUAAAUCCUCGAGCUUCUCAGUUAAGAUACCUUCAGUACAUUACGGGAAGAGAUUCAGCUUCAGAAUGGCCUCCGUCAGAUGCACCUGUAAUAAUAGACUAUCUCCUACUAAGGAAUCUUCCUUUAUUAAAUGGUGGGAAAGGUUGCAGGCCUGUGGUUCGAGUGUAUGGCCAGGACCCUUCGGCAAAGACAAAUAGUGCUCGGCUUAUAUUUUCAUCAUUCAUGGCAGAUGAACCUGCUUUAAAUUAUUCAAAGGAAGAAUGUGAGUUCGUGAAAUUAGAACUUCGUUGUCAGAUCCAGGGUGAUGUUUUCCUCGAGUGUAUCCAUUUGCAUGACGAUCAAGUUUCAGAAGAAAUGAUAUUCAAAGUCAUGUUUCACACAGGAUUUGUCCAAUCAAACGUAUUGGAUCUCAACUGUGACGAUAUGGAUGUUCCCUGGAACACUAAGCUCGCUAGGAAUUUUAAAGCAGAGGUUCUCUUUCGAGACAUGAAUGAAGUACCGGUAAACAUUACCUUGGAAUUAGGAGCUGGGGAAGAAUACAAUGAUUCCGACAAUGAAUUUUUUGAGGUUGAAGAGAUUUUUACACCUUUGCCAGAGAGCGCAGACAGGAAGGUUAACGACAGUACAAUAGUUCCAGAGACAUAUUUGGUGGAUAAUAUUAACAGAGACUGCACAUUGCACAAUGGCACUCCUAGAUGGGAUUUGGAAGCUGAAGAAAUAGAUGAUAAUUCUUCAGAACAGAAAGUUCUUAAUGAUAAUUCUUCAGAACAGAAAGCACUCGAUGAUAUUCCUUCAGAACAGAAAGCUCUUGAUGAUAUUUCUUCAGAACAGAUUGCUCUCGAUGAUAUUUCUACAGAACAGAAAACAUUCGUUGAUUUUUCUUCAGAACAGAAAGCUCUUGAUGAUAUUUCUUCAGAACAGAAAGCUCUCGGUGAUAUUUCUUCAGAACAGAAAACACUCGAUGAUAUUCCUUCAGAACAGAAAGCUCUUGAUGAUAUUUCUUCAGAACAGAAAGCUCUCGAUGCAGGGAAUCACAAACAAGCUUCAGAAGCAGAAUCUAAUAUAACGAGCACUUCAUCAAAAAAUAUUGUAGUGGUUGAUUUAUGUGGAAGCGAAAUACAAGAUGUGAAAGUGGAGAUUGAACAAAAACCCGUCAUUACAAGUCCUGCUAGACCAAAACAGAACAAGAAAAACAAAUGGCAAGAAAUCACAGCAAAGACAAUUAAGCAAAAUAGGGUAAUCUCACAGUGGGUGCCACGCGUAAAAACACCACAAGUGCCUGAGGCAAACAAAUCGAAAGCACCGGUAUAUAAGUGGAUUCCCAAAGGACCAGCUACACCUGCAGAGGCUGCAGGUGGUGAAUAAAUCAAUAGGUUUUGCUGUUGCUGGUCUUUUCUGAGAAUUUUAUUGUCCAUUCCAGCUAAGCUGAUGGAAGCAAGUUCACAAUUACAGUGAGAGCUAAAAUGAGAUAAUGUAUGAAUUUUGGGUACUUUAAAUGGUACCUAAUACUGUAUGCAUAUUAUAAGGUUGUAUUAUUAUUAUUAUUAUUAUUAUUAUAGAUAUAAUAACCGGUAUUUCUGGAUCUUUUCAGAUUUUUAUGGCAACCAAUCAUGUUUGUGUGCGUGUAUUUUCCCUUUUUUUUUUUUGGGGGGGGGGGGGGGUGGGGGGUGAAUUUUCUUGCUAUUAGUAUGACUUAUCUGUAGCCAAGCUUCAAAGGGUCUGAAAGCACAAAUGUAAAGUUUUCGUAAUCUUCUCAAGUAAUUACGCUGCUUUAAGUCAGAUCAGGUCCAUCAGGAUUCUCUACAAGAAAAGAGACGGUUUACUAACUGGAUACCAUUUCACUUCCUACCUCAAUUCAUUUAGAGGAGAAGAUCCUUUCUCAUUAAGAACCUCAAUUCAUGGAUGUAGAAAACGGUCAACAGAUGCAUGACACUUUUGUUUUCAGUGCAUGGACUAUGGAGAUAGGUAUUCCAUAGAUAAGCUAAUCAGAAGACAUGAAUAGGACAGAGGACAUUAAGUUUGUUCUAAUAUGACGAGUUAAACAAACUUUUAU